ACAUUGAGGGCGCAAUUCUUAAUAGAAUAGAGCGGUUGUACCGCCGCCGAAAAUCUACCUGAAAAACCUUAAAUUUAGCAUCUAGGAUGCCGAAUAUUGUUCAUUUACCGAGUGAUGACGAAUUGAAUGUUCCUGUUGUACCACUAACUUCUUCUGCAUUGAAAGCAGGAGCUCAUCAUUACGCUCGCCAAUGUGACAAACAAAAUAAGGAGUUUAAAUUAUGCAAAGCAGAAGAACUAGAUCCUCGUAAAUGCUUGAAGGAAGGGCAAGAUGUAACUACUUGCGCAUUUGACUUCUUUCAGAAGUUGAGAAAGCACUGUAAUGAUUCAUUUACAGAAUAUUGGACCUGUUUAGAUUACAGGCAACAGAAAUUAUUCCAUUGCCGCGAUACACAGGCUGCAUUUGACAAAUGUGUGCUUGAUGAACUGGGAUGGGUAAGACCAGAGCUAGGCGAAAUAAACAAGGUAACAGUUGUCAAGACUGAUCGUCCACUACCAGUCCGCAAUCUACGGCCGAAACCAGAGCCAGCACCUGAAAUUGAAAUACCUGAUAACCUACCUCCAUCAAAAUAUGGUUCCAAGUUUUUUUUCUUCUGGUAGAUUACAACAAAAUUUCAUCCACUUGACAAUUGAUUGGUUAUAAAGUCACUUAACAAGUGGCUAGAAUUGUGUUUAAAACCAGGUUGAAAUUCAGAAGCUGCAUUGCAAAAUCUCAGUGUUUAAAAACUCAGAAUAGAAAGAUAGGAAAUAAAAUUUAUUUGUAAAUGUUUAAAAAGUUUCUGAUAGUAUGACUGUAUUUCUCCAUAGAUUGAUUGUGGUAGGAAACUGUAUGCAUUUAUAUGCAUCUCAUAAUAACAGGAUUGUUACUACUUGAUGAAGUUAUAUCUCAGUCAAUUACAAAGGUAUUCUUUCAUUGGCUCACUUUCUAAUAACAACUUAGUAUGGGAUGAUGUCCUCAAUAGUAAAGAGUGCUAAGCAUUUGUAAUGGAAGUGGUAGACAUUACUAAUGCAUAGUUUCAACAUGCUGAUCAUAUCCCUUAUACUCAAUAGAGCAUAUAGCAAAGAGUUGGUACUGUGUGUUGUGUUACUACAGUAUAUUAUUUUGGUUCAUUAUUAAAGUAUUAAUUCAAAGAAAUAUUGAAAUAUAUGGUUAAAUUGCCAAUCGCAGAAUGGCAAUAAACAAUGUGGUGCUUUAUAAUUACUGUAGUCUCAUUGUGACCCUGAUGACUUAAAGUGAAAUAAAAAAAUUAAAAAAACCUGCUUUC